AUGAUGAAGGCAAAGUCCGACACCCGUUGGGUCGACUACCUACGUCAUGCGGAGGAAGUUUUGCACUUUGAGAAGUCCAUCGAGCUUGGCAGCGGCGAAUUCGGCCGCAAUUGCGGCGCACGUCGACGCGACGAGAGACACGCGGACGUGCUAAAGCUGCGUAAAGGUAGGGUAUGUGCAGCGCUUCUGCCCAUCUCAGGUCACCGGUGGCAGCGAGAACCCGUUGACGAUGCUGGGAGCGGUGACAAGCUGCUUGCAUUGAUCAAGAAGAAGCAUGGCGGUUCUGGGAGUGGAGAUGGGCCGCUCGCGCCAACUAGAGGCAUACGCGCGCGAAAAGGUGGCACCGCGGAUCGAAGAAGACCAAGCUCGUCUUAG